CGCUUGGCCCAUUGGACAUGGCCAGGAUUUCUGUCCAGGAACCAAAUGACAUAACCGGCCAUAAACAAACCUCAGCAUUCCCUAGAAGAUAUUUAAAGAUGGAGGUAUGCGCAGUUGCACACCUAAUGGAUUUCAGAUUCACAAGAUUUGGUGGAAGAAUUACACUCAUCAACAACCAUGGCCUUCGCUUCGGCAGUUGUUCUCGGCCUUGUGGCCUUGAAUGGUGCCACAGCUGAAGAUGUUCGCAUCAAUGUACCUUCUGACUUAUCGACACGAGCACUUGGUCGAGAUGUUUACGGCUACUCAUUGGAGCCUAUCUGGGUAGACAGCUAUAUCAGCAACCCCCUUGCUGCAACACUAUUAGAGCACAUAAAAGGUGUCACCGGCAAAGCGCCACCCAUCCGCGUUGGCGGCAAUACCGCCGAUCAGACUUACAUACACGACUCAUUGUCGACCGGGAACAAUUCGGUAGCCUUACCAGGGCUUCCAAGCGCCAACCAAUUCAAUAUUACCGCAGAGUGGUAUCCUACCUGGGGCGACUAUUUCCCAGAAGGUACCGACUUGAUCUAUACUCUGAACCUGAACAAUAAUGCGUCGGCUUGGGCUGAUGCAGUCGCGCAAGCGGAGGCUGUGCAUACGGCAUUGGGUGAUAAGCUUGUAUUGUUUGAGUUGGGCAACGAGAUUGAUCACUUUAUCCACAAGGGAUGGAGAGAUUCAAGCUGGGGAGUGAAUACGUAUAUCGAGCAGUUCCGAAACCUGACAGGUCAGAUCACAGACUCGGAAUGGUACAAGUCGGAUUCGAGCCCGCCAAAGUUCCAAGCAGGUGUUUUUGCAGAUCCACCAUGGGUCCCAGACCAGCAGGACGAAAUCGACGACUUUAGUAUUGAGAAUCUUACCAAGGUCGAGGACCAGUCUGAUCGUGACAUCAUUGGCAGUUAUGCCACGCACUUAUAUCCCCAGUCGACUUGUGACACUGCACGAUGGCACCGUAUGCGCCUCGACUUACUCUCCAACCACAGUGUGCUCUGGCAGAACAUAUCCCAAUACAUACCUCAGGUCGCAGCUGCCGACGCUGCUGGCUCGCCUCUUGUCAUGGGCGAGACCAACUCUGUGAGCUGCUCAGGCAAGAGCGGAAUUAGCGACACUUUCGGUGCCGCGCUUUGGGGCGUCGACUACGUAUUGACAGCUGCCUCAAUUGGAUUCCAGAAGAUUUACUUUCAUCUCGGAGCUGAGAGCGAGUAUAGCAGCUUCACACCAAUUGAGUACACUCUGAAGAAUGAAACCUUACCGCCUGGCAUCAGAGCUAAUUGGUACGGCCACUAUUUCAUCUCAAAGGUUGUUGCAUCCUCGAGCAAUGAAUCGUUCAGUGUUUCUGGAAUACCUGAUGCCAACUCAAGCUCGCUCAGUGGAUUUGCAGUCUAUAGUGGUAGCAAUCAAGACCAGGCACUCAAGAAGCUUGUGUUCCUCGACCUGGGAGUCUGGAACGGCACGGAGGGCCUCAGCAACCCUUCCACUCUGAAUGCCACGGACGGCACAGUCUUCAGCGAAGGCGAGCGCCCAAACAGCACACUGACCAUCACCACGCCGUGGACUUCUCUUAGCAAUGUUCGCGUGACCCGACUGACUGGCCCAGGAACUAAUGCCAAGAGCGAAGUCACUGUUUCGGGCGUAACUUUUGACACUGACACCGGUGCAAAAGUUGGAACAGAAGUCGAGGAGACCGUCACUGUUGGUGAUGGAGGUGUAAUUUCUGUCACUUUACCGGCAGCACAUGGUAUCUUGUUAGAGCUGUCUGCCCAGCCCACAGCUGUCCCCACAUCUAGCGGUAUUGCUCUCUCCUGCUGGAGUGCCCUGCCCUGGGUAGUCACAGCCAUGGCCAGUCUGCUGGCUUGGUAAUUUUCAACAGAAUAAAAAUCAGAUAUUUCUCAAUGAAAGCGAUUGAACACCA